AUGGGAAACGUAUGCUGCCCCAUGAAGAAGGCCGGCCCGGACACGCUGGGGCAGGACCCCCUUACCCCCGGCCCCAUGGAUGAAGCCUCCCACACACCCCUCAUCAACGGGGACAACCCUUCACUCGUUCAGCUGGAGCCCCACCGGCACAGAUUCUGCAGAAACCGGGGUGCCAAGCGGACGCAAAUCGACUACCUCAUUUCUCGGGGCGUUUGCCCUCCGCCUGACGCGGGCGAGCAGGGCGGGGGCCUGCCGGAUGGGCAGGACGGACGCCGGUCCGCGCCCCGGCGGUGGGCAAAGGGCCACGCCGUCGCCGAGGGGGCCUUCGGGCAAGUCUUCGUCGGGCUGGACCUCGACACCGGGCAGCCCAUCGCCAUCAAACAGGUAAAGAACUCGAAUCGCACCGCGGCCAACACUCCUCGAUACUGGCGCAACUGCAUCACGGAAAACGGCGCCAUCCUGGUAGGCGCCCGGCUGCAUUUGAAAUUGCACCGCAAGGUCAUUGGCCUCCUGGCCCGAAUCGUCCCGCUUCGCCUUUGUUGGUCGGUGAACCACGGAUUCGGCUCAUUUCCUCCAAUACACGGCAGCGAAGGGAUCGCGCCAUCGUGCAGGUGCUCAUCCCUCUCCGGCCCACCCCGAAACAGAGGGAUCGGUUGA